GUUGCGAGUUAAGGGUACAAAAUGGAGUUGUCCGAAUCUGUGCAAAAAGGUCUGCAAUAUCUAGCAGAUGCAGUGCAUUUUGACCUGAAAAGCUUCAGUGCAUUUACUGAGGUAGCGUUCGGGAGCUUGGUCUCCCGGUCUGAAUGUGGUCUGGAUCACCCACAAUUGAAUCAUAUCGAUCAAAGUGUUCUGAAGCAUUGCCACAUUGCCACGACAACUUUCAUACUUGAAGGUGUGAAGCAAAAUGCUGACAAAUCUACAUUAAGCUCGUGCCUAGAAGAUGUUUCAUUUGAUGCUGAGAGGAUAGACGUGUUUUACAGUUCGUACCAGCACCAUAAAAGAAGUUUGGAAACCCUUUUGGAGAGUAUCGGGGGAAGUCCCCCACACGUAACAGAUGUCUUGUGGCGACUAGACUACUGUAUCAAGAACAGUCAUGUUCACAAGGUCAACCAACCGUCCUAUUUGAUCUCUUUUCAUGUGGAGAAUGGUGAUUGUGGAACAUCCUCGAAAGAAGUUAAUUUUAAUUGUACAAUGGAACAACUUCAGGAUUUGGUGGGGAAGAUGAAGGACGCUGCAAAAAGUUUGGAAAAAGCAACACAGUCAUAAGCUCAAUAUGUUGUCUGGGAAAGACUAAAGAAAUGUAAGAUUCAGAGGAUCCAUGUUUUUCAUUCCUGUUUUCACACCAGAGAGGACGACACGCCGGUGGAUUAAUAUUGUCUUGGUCAAUUUACCUUCAUGAAUUGUAGUAAUCUUUUUUUUUUAAACCACCCGUUGCAUAUUUUGCUAUUAAAUCGUUUUCUGAACA